ACUGAAUGCAUUCACACAAAGACUGUCCACCAGACAGCAGAACGUAUUCAUUUGUCAGGAAUCAUCGCGUCCACACAGACAUGCAACACGACAAAAAGAAGAGCAUUCAAAAUUGGCCCAUCUCCCGCACCAUACACCUGUCCUCAUCACCGAUCCAUCGUUGUCUUCACAAGGGAGGGCACUCCCUACUCGCCAACAUCCAUCUCCCCCGCCCCUCAGUCGAUGUCCAGUGACACAAACAGGCCGGUCGUCUUGUCGAUUCGCCCCAGCUGCUGCCACGAGAAUCGGCAGUCCUGAUCGCCCAGAUGCUCGUUGAAGCCCUUGACCACACCCACCAGACCCGGCUCGUCCAGCCGGGCCCUGUGCACCACCUCACGCACACCCACACGGCCCCGUGUGUGGACCACCUGGUGUGGGCGGCUGUCGGCCCUGAUGGCGAAGCACUGCAGCGGCACACGCACCAUCACGCCGCCCACACUAGCCAUGCCGCCCACCACCUCCCUGUUGGUGCUCGUCUGUGUGGCCGCCGACUUGACGAAGUGGGCGACGGCCGCACUCACACGGCGCCUCAGCUGCGACUCGCCGGUGAGGUACUCGUCGAUAGCCGCUGCAGCAGCGGGGGGCUCGUGCAGGAAGGCGCCGAUCUUCCAUGCGAUGGCCUCUGCCUCGUGUGGGCCGAAUGCCAUGUUGGAUGGGGAGGGGUGGGGGUGGGCGCCGUCGUGGUGGGGGGCGAGGGGCAGCAGACGGGUAAGGAGCAUCGAGUGGUCACGCUGGGGGGCGAGGGCGGCGUUGAUGGCUGACAUGACGGCCUCGGACAGCUCAGCCAGCACUGUGGUGUACUCGAACAACAUCAGUCGGCGAGAACGGCGCUGCCUCUCGGUGGCGGUGGGCAUGCGGGCGAUGGAUGGGGCCGCCCCGCCCCGCAGCAGCACACCGAUGGUGGUCUUCAACCUGCGGAUCUCUCUUCUGGUCUCCGACGCAUAAAGCCCCGAGCCUGCAUAGUGGCGCGGCUGCAGCUCCUGCUGUUCGAUGGCAUCAUCACACUGAUUGGCAGCGACGGCGAGUGGUGUAUCGGGCUGGUUGGGCUUCCCUCUGUUGACGUCGUCAGCUGUGAGCUGGCGGCACAGCCAACGAGCCACACGGUAGGAGCCAUGCCGUGCCGCCUCGUGCAGUGGCGUGCAGCCCAUGGUGUCUGUUGCCUUCAUGUCGGCUCCGUGGCUGGUGAUGAAGGUGAGGUACGCGUCGAUGAAGGACUGGGAGAACAGGCAGGGAAGGUGCCUGGCUGCCAAAUGCACCAGACCGCGUCCACCAGCCCGCCCAAUCGAAUGCUUCUCGGCUAAUGCAGACCGCUCCGCUGCGAGUGUGCUGUCGUGUUGGAUUAGCCGACGGUAGAUUGACAUGAGAAUGUCCUCACACUCACGAGUGGGGGGAGGGGCAGCACCGUCGAUGUAGGGAAGCUGCAUCACCAGUGGCACCAAUCUCCGCACGUCGACCUGACGCGCCAGGAGGGCCUCGACUGCCGUCAGGCUGCGCGCACGAAUCGCCACAUGGAGGGGCCUGUCCUCGUUGAUGUCCGCCCCGCCGUCGAUGAGUGCGUUGAUGACGUCACGCUGCAGCUGACGGGAGGACCACUGCGGUAGGACGACGCAUAUCUUGCACAGCGCGACAUAUUUUUACACAUAUCUUCGAGCUGCAGCAGAGAGGAAUGGGUAGUUUGUUGGGCUGUCGAUGGCGAAAGACAGGCAUCUCUGUCGACAGCCCGAUGGGACCUCUCCUUCGGGAAACCGCUGGUGGCAGAGGCCGCCGGUGGCUCUCGGGUCGGCUCCUUGGCGGAUCAGCUGUGUGACUUGGGCGGCUUCCGUGAACGUGCGCCGAAUGCAGCCCUCCAACAGCCGUCGACUGACAGGACUGACACCCUCAACAGGGACAAUCUUGACGUCAUCCAGCCCCUUGCAGCCGGGCGGGACCUCGGAAGGAUUUGCUGACGAUGCGGCAGAGGACGAGUGGGCCAUCAAACCGAAUCACACACCUGCGUGCGUGCCCACACACACACUGGUCAUCGUUUCGCCAAAUACAAUGCGAGCUUACUCAUACCCCCUGCGAAAAGCCGGCGUCAACUACACAUCGUCCGACGUCACGUUCAUCUCUGGUCUGCCGUCAUCUACUAUGGCGGAAAAAGACGGAGACGCCCCCGAGAAUACAGGAUG